AUGGGGCCCCCGGGGCUGCUGUCGUUCGCCCAGCAGGCGUGGGAGCCGGUCCUGGCCCAGGCGGCGGGGGCGGACGUCUACCUGGACGGCCCCAGCGCCGAGAGCCUGCACUGGGCCGGCGGGGCGGAGCGGCUACUGGGGGGCCGCCCGGGCCGGGUGCGGGCCCUGGGCCCGGCGGGGGCGGGCGGCGAGGGCCGGGCCGAGGCGCUGGUGGUGGUCCUGAGCGGCCCUCCGCGAGGCCCGGCCCGGGCCGCCCUCAGGGAGCUGCUAAGGCGCGGCCACUUCCGCCGCUGCGUGGUGGCCAUCGCGGCCCAGGCCUCGCGGGACGGCGACGACGACGACGACCCCCAGGACCGGCGGGACGAGGACCGGCCGCCGCAGCGGGAGGACGAGGAGGACGAGGGGCGGCUGGAGGAGCGGCUGCGCCGCUGGAUGGGCCGCCCGGGCUGCACGGCGCGGGUCCUGGCCGUCCCGCUGCUGCUGGCCCCCGUCGCCCCGCACCUGGCGCUGGCCCCGGGCCUGGGCGCGCUGUGGCCCCCGGCCGGCGGCCGCCCGGGCCCCGAGGGCCGGCGGCAGGGGCGACGGCUGGUGUGCGGCCUCAGCGCCCUGUGCGGGCACCUGGGCGUGCGGGAGGACUGCUUCGCCGUCGGGGAGCUGAGCCGCCGCCUGGCCGCCCAGCUGGCCAACUUCGGGCCGGCCAAGAGCAGGAGGAGGGCGGCCGCCGCCACCGCCGGGAGGGCCUCCGUCCUCUUCGUCGACCGGACCCUGGAUCUCACAGGAGCCGUCGGGCACCACGGAGACAACCUUGUGGAGAAGAUGCUGUCCAUCCUGCCCAAGCUGCCGGGACACACCACCGAUGUCAUGGUGGACAUGCGGGAGCUGACGGCCCUGCGGGCCGGGGGCGAGGAGGACAACCGGGACAUGAUCGCACCCGGCUGCUUGGCCCAACCCAACGACGCGGAGGCGAAGGCCCUGUGGGAAUCCUUGCUGACGCUCAAACAGAAGGAGGCCGUGAUGGAGGUCCGGAGACAUCUUGUGGAGGCCGCCAGCAGAGAGAACCUCCCCAUUAAGAUGAGCAUGGGGAGAGUGACUCCGGGGCAGCUGCGGUCCUACAUCCAGCUAUUCAAGACCAACCCCAAGGCCCUGGAGAGCCACUCUGGGCUCCUGCAGCUCGGCCUGGCCACCGUGCAGACCUUAGAGCACCCCCGGGCCGCCACGUGGGACAACUUCCUGGCCUUCGAGCGGCUCCUCUUGCAGAGCGUCGGCGAGGAGGACCUGCCCAGCCUGCUGGACCAACUCCUGCCGGCGAUCAAGCCGGCCGACCGCCGCACCGGCGACGACUUCGCCCCCGAUGACGUCCUGCUGCUGCUGGUGUACGUCUACUCGGUGGUGGGGCCCGUCCGCGCCGGCCCCGAGCUUCAGGGCGCCGAGGAGCGGGCCAAGGCGGCCCUGGCCGACGUCCUGUGCCGGGAGCCGACGCUGUCCCCGCUGUGCCAGAAAAUCACAGUGUGCGAGUCUUCGCUGAAGCUGACCUAUCCAAGGGCCAAGACGGUGGUGGACGAGCUGUUCAGGACCCUCCGGGCUGUGACCCGAGCGCGCUCAGCCCUGAAGCAGUUCAAUUCGGUCUACACCCCGGGGAAUCACGCCCACCAGGCCUUGUACAAGCCGCUGCUGAAGCAGGUCGUGGAGGAGAUCUUCCAUCCCGAGCGCCCAGAUCCCGUGGACAUCGAAUACGUGUCUUCCGGCCUGACGGACCUCCUGAAAACGGGAUUCAGCAUGUUCAUGAAGGUGAGCCGGCCCCACCCCGGCGACCACCCGCUCCUCAUCCUCGUUGUCAUCGGCGGCGUGACCGUCGCGGAAGCCAAGAUGGUCAAGGACCUCGUGGCCGCUCUGAAGCCCAGCACCCAGGUCCUCGUGCUGUCCACGCGCCUCCUGGAGCCCCGGAGCGUUCCCGAGCUGCUGUUCGCCGCGGACCCUCUGCCACCCAACCUCGAAGCCUGAACCACCACCACCCCCGGACCUCCUCCUGACCCCCUCCGUCCGCUCUCCGUGCCCGACCCAAGCGGUUCGGCCCGCCCGGGUGGGCACCGGGCGAUUUGACUCAAAGAAGAGUCAGGCCCAGAGAAGGACGCCGGGGCAGCAGGUCAGCUGGGCCCCCCCGUUUUCGGACAGAGCCACGCGGCCGGAGCGGGCGGGUGGAGUGGGCCUCUUUCCAUCCGCGUGGAGUUCUUUUAUUGGGGGGUCUCCCCUCCCUGCUCCCCACUGAGGCUUCAGCAGAGUGGCGGAUCUAGUGGCGCUCACACCUGGGCCUCUUGGUCCGGGCCGACGCCGCCCCCAGCCUGGGGGAGUGUGCGGGGAGGGGCAAUCAAUCAAUCAA